UUGGACGUGGCAGCGCUUUGGGGAAGACCUUCAGAAGUCCCUGGGCUUAAAAAAAAAGUCUGCUGCUUUUAACAAUGGCUUAUUGUAGCAACGGGAAAAGAAUGUAACCGACAGAGCUGGUGUGGGGUGUGGCCAGGUAACAGCAGCCAGCCUUCUACCUGCUCAGGUGGUUUAUCUUUAAAGCAGCUGAAAAGGUAGCUGAGGAGACUAGCACCUACCGGAGCCUCUGCUGACUGGUGGCUGAGCAAAGUGUAAAUAUGUCUUGCUAGAGGGAGCGUUUAGAGAGCCAUUGGAGAAAGGCAGAAGUCAGGAUGAAGAAGCAUCACUCUGUGCAGGGAACUAUUAGCAGACUCUUUGGGAAAAAACAUAGCAGCGGCAACAACAGUCCCACCACCUCCCUCUAUGUCACCAACCCCCCCUGGAUCUUCACCCAGGAGGCCACCUCGGACAGCCUGCCACGUUCUGGUGAUGUGGAUGGCAUAUUCUAUGGGGAUAAUCGCUUUGGGACAGUAACAGAUUCUGGAACAGCAACACUUAAGCCACGACCAAGAGUCCGACCUCUGCUGACUUUCUUACCCCUUAAUGCUCAAGAGGCACAUGGAGUGGCUGUUCCAACACCAUCCGUGCCAGAAGGCUUUGAAGAGAAAGCAGCUCCAGGGCUUGGUUCCCAAAUCAAUGGCAGUUACAGAAAAUACAACUCAGUUGUUGAUCUGAGGCCCAAGGCAUUUGAAGAUGACUACUUGGCUGAUGAUGAGAUUCCACCACCACCAUCAGUUCCUCCUCCACCACCACCACAACUGCCAUCUUCAGUUGACCAAUUACCACCUCCAACUUCAGUGGAAGCUCCAUUACUACCUUUGGUGGAAGUUCCACCUCCACCACCAGUGCCGCCGCCUCCACCUCCACCAGCAGUAUCAGCUCCAUCUCUUUCAUCCCUGGCUCCACCUUCUUACCCAUAUUCUAAUUUGUCUUCUCCUACCACUCCAUCUCCACCAGAUUUCAUUCCUCCUCCUCCUCCUCCUCUGGCUUUUAUGGAUGGUGCAGCCUCUCUUACAGCUUCCCUUUCACAACCACUUCAUACCCCACCUUUCUCAAAUGGUGUCUCCAAAUGGAAAUCUGAAACAGUACUAAAUCUGAGGGAACCAGAAAAAGGCACUUACAACGCAAAUGUGACUGUUUCACCCAGUCCUACUCAAAAAGAGAAAGAACUGCCCCAGACUAGCUCAGAUCCUCAUCAAACCUUCCCCAGGUCAUUUAAAAUACCUCCCCCAACCCCUGUGAGAACAUCAUCUAUUCCCUCAGGAGACAAAGAAUCAAGCCCAAGAGAUGAGCAGGCCCCUAACACGAUUCCUCACAGCCGACCUACACUGCCACCUAACUUUACAGUACGGUCUGCAACUACAGUUCACUUAGAAGGAGAAGAUGGAGAGAAAGUUCCUUUGGAAAAACGAAUAGUAGAAAAACCUUCUGAGUUCAUUACAGAAUCUGGGAGUCCAAAACCAACACCAGAGCUCAAUGGCUCUUCUACCUCCCCAUUGAAGUGUAAGGUAUCAAAAGAGCUGGUGCCACAACAAGCAAUAUUAAAGGAGUGUUCUCAAAAACUAGUAACUCCACAUGCAGAAGAACCACAGCUUCCUUCUCCAGACUGGGCAUCCUCUGAUGAUGAAGACUGGAAGGAACGUGGCAACCUGGACAAGCUAAAGCAUGAACUGUCAGCUCUGCUGUCCUCUUCCUAUAGAAAGGAAGACAGACAGCUGGAAAAAGUUGUAGUUCCCAAGAGUAAAACUAACAUUACUGAUAGUUCCCAGGUCAGUUCUGAAGAAUUAAAACAAGCUAAGCCUACCAUGACUAACCUGCAAUCAUCAGCAGGGACAGACACUGAGAGACAAGACAAAAUACCAGGAAACACACCAUCUGCUGGCAAAGUUUUGACCAAUAAUGUUAAUUCCAGUCCAGAUAAUAAAUCUACCAGCAUGCAAGCAAACUGUGUUCUAAAAUUCAAAAAUGAAUUGGAAGCUUUGUUGUCUCCAACUAAGGAUGGGGGGCCACCCUUGGCUCUUGCUAAUCUGAGGCACAAUCCAGAACCAAAGAAGCAAAUUACUCUUCAGUUUGGUGGUGGUGAGUCCAAGAUUCCAAAAUCCACAGUAAAUCAAAAUACAUCAAUAUCUGAAGUGACGGAAAAGGAGCCUAAGUUUCCUAGUGCCCCUACUAAUAACUCCCCAUCUGGAAACCUUUCUAAGCCCCCAGCCUCUCCUCUGAAAUCCAAGCCUGAACUCUUGGUACCAGCUGCACCUUCACCAGCCUUUUCUGGAAUUGCCUCACCAGUUCGAACUCUCAGCACAGACCUCUCUCACCUACAGUACAAAACACAUAAGACAAGAUUUGCCUCCACUGAUAGCCUGCCCUCUGUGACAUCUUCCCAAACUGCAGAAGAUGGGCUGAUCACCACAAAUAAUAAUGAAAACCAAAGAGACUCAGUUAAGCAUGGGUUCUCAGAGACACCCACAAUAAUCAGGAGCACAGAGCAAUCAAAUAGUAAUGUUUUAAUCCAUCCUGUAACGGGAGAGGCAGUUGAAAGAGGCUCACCAAUGGCUCUCCUCUUGGCUGCACAACAGCGGGCCCAAAGAGGCAGGUGUUCUGUCUCAACCUCACAACAAAACAGUUCUUCAUCUGAGAGGCCUCAGUUCAAGUUAUCAGAAAAGUUGCACAAUAGCAGCCAAUCAGAGACUAUGUCAUCCACCAUUUACUACAAUGAUACCAAGCCUAACACUGUCAGGGUUGUUCCAAAGGGUCUGCAGAGGGAAUGCCAUGCAGCAUCAGAAAAUAAGCAACCUAAUGGGGUAAGUCCUUCUGAUAAUGAAAUCUGGGGCUUAUCCAAUUUAGGGCAGAAAGAGCAUAAGCCACAGUUGUUCUCUAACACCUCAGAACAAUUCAGGGAUUUGUACAAACUCAGGGAGAAUGAAUCUCAGAAUCUUCCUCCACCAAAUAAAUGUGAUGCUUCCAUUUUAGUUCCAGGCUUUUUGGAAUCCAGACACUUGAAGCAACAGGGCUCUUCCAGCAUGUCUGAUACCCACCUCUGCUCUCUUACUAACCCUCAAAUCCGCACCAAUAACAAUGGAGCAGAAGAAGGCUUCAAUUAUGAGAUUAUUCCACCCCCACCAGAGUUCAGCAAUGAUAACAGUGGAGGCACAGAUGUUUCUUCAAAGGGUGAAGAGAAGCUGAAAGGCUUCAGCACCUCAGCAGAUGAUCAAGCCUUGGAUGAACAAGUUCAUAGUUAUACCUAUGGCAACAGUUAUUCGCCAAUAUCAAAACCUGCUAUAGAAAGCAGUGAGAGGCCUAGUGGAUAUACUCACCAUUACUCAGGUGGAAGUUACCCUGCUGGCUACCUCAGUAGUUACUCCAGCAGCCGCCCUCUGAUUAAGAAGCGGCUUUAUGUGUCAGAGCCUGAUGGAUCAUAUGACAGGCCAUCUGUUUCCACUCGCAGCAUAAACACACCCAGUCCCUACAGCCACAAUACAUUGGCUUACAAUUCCCAGUUUAUGGAAGGGAUGCGGCGGAAUUCUACUCACAGGAACAGCAAUGCACAGGGAAGGAGGAUGUCCUUGGAAGUACCUGGGAAAAUGGUGACUUAUAACAAUACUGCCAAUGACACCAAGUAUAAAGGACAGAAUGGAGAGUAUUCCACCAGUAUUGGCAGACCUUCCCAUGGAAAUCUACAGCAUGGUGGGACUACAAAUACAUUUACAGUCAGACCUGGAACAAGACAACCCAUUUCUUAUGCAUAUCAAGGUGGUCUUCGAUAACUAGUAAACUGUCAUUUCACAUGCAGCUUGGACAAUGCAUCACAGCACUCCUCUUCUAAGCUUUGCUGGGGCUCUUCCUCAGAUAAUACUUAAGGGAGAUACAAGUGCCUGCAAAGAGGUUGUCCCAGUACCUUCUUGUCAAUAGAACUGUUGUAAGUUAUUAGGGCCAAGGGUAAGUCUUUUGAACUGAUAGCCUGCUUCUAAAGUCUUCUGUGCAUUAUGACUACCAAUGCAAGUGACAGCAUGCAGCGAUUCAGCAACACUUGCUUAAUUUAUAUGCUUUAAGCAAUUAGAUCACUUCCUUGUGUCUACGACUAGUUAACAGGUGACUUAUCAGUAUGAAACAUACUUCCCUGCACCGCCUUCAUGAAUGUGCUUCAGUCACUCCAAAAAGGAAGCAAGGACAUCCUAAUCUCAGGCAAGGGACAGACAAGAAAGGUCCAGCAAUAGAAUGAUGGGAAAGGAAAGGAAAGGAAAGGUCCCCUGUGCACGCACCAGUCGUUUCUGACUCUGGGGUGACAUUGCUUUCACAACGUUUUCACGGCAGACCUUUUACAGGGUGGUUUGCCAUUGCCUUCCCCAGUCAUCUACACUUCCCCCCCAGCAAGCUGGGUACUCAUUUUACUGACCUCAGAAGGAUGGAAGGCUGAGUCCACCUUGAGCCGGCUACAUGAAAACUCAGCUACUGCGGGGAUUGAACUCAGGUCAAGAGCUUAGGACUGCAGUACCGCAGCUUUAACACUCUGUGCCACGAGGCUCUUAAGAAUGAUGUGAGCAGGGCUUUUUUUGUAGAAAAAGCCCAGCAGGAACUAAUCUGCCUAUUAGGCCACACACCCUGAUGCCAAGCCAGCCGGAACUGUCUUCCUCUGCGUUCCUGCUUAAAAAAAGACCUGGGUGUGAGCUUAUAGUCCACGGGUCAUGAUAAGAUGGACAGUUGAGGAGCAGCAGCCAAUUAAAACACAGAACUCUGAAAAAUCCCACAGCUAUAGGAAUGGAGGAGGGAUAAGGUACUAAUCAGGCAGAGUGGCUGAAGGGGACAAAGGUUGCCUACAGUUUGGGAAACUUGAAUUUCUACACAGCUAAAUUAUAAAAAAAAAUUAGGAGCUGAAAUCUGGUUGCAUAACCCAAGACUUGAAAAAUUUCCUCUGGUUCUAGAGGCCAGGCCAAAACUCCAGAAGCCAGGCUAAUAUUUCAGUCUUCAGCAUUAUGUGUGAACAGGGCUUUUCUUUGGUAGAAAAAGCCCAGCAGGAACUCAUUUGCAUAUUAGGCCACAACCCCUGACAUCACCAUUGUUUCACACAGGGUUUUGGUUUUUUUUAGAAAAAGCCCAGCAGGAACUCGUUUAUAUAUUAGGUCACACCCCCUUAUGCCAAGCCAGCCAGAACUGUGUUCCUGUGCAUUCCUGCUUAAAAAAAAAAAAAAAGCACUGUGUGACCGUUAUGUUCUAGUUAUUGCUACCACAAAAAUACUAGGUGCCACAAUGAAAUUUCUAGGUGCCAGGGCGAUCUGGUGCCUGGGAUUUGUCAAGCCCUGGUACAGUCAUCUUCAAGUCCAAUAAAAGUUGCUUACUGAAUUUGUGCUUGUUACAUAACUGUUGAGCGGUACAAGAACCCUGACAGAGGCCACCACAGGAGAGGUUACGCCAGCUGGUCCUGGACCUAUUGGGAAAUGAGAGGGCUUCUUCCCUGUUUCUCCACUGCCUUCACUCAUCAUUCCUGCAAGGAUGUAAAACUAGUCCUACUAACUACUGCAGGUAGGAGAAGGCAACAGGAAAGGCAGAAGAUGAGAGGGAAAAUGACGGUGUCUUCUUCUGUUGCCUUGAAACUUUUAAGGAGAAUAGCCUAUCCCUUCUGCACGUAAAAUGGUAUAGGAAGUCUAUGUAGGCACUGGAUGCUUGGAAAGUCCAUACUCCUUUUGUUUGAACACUUUAAUAAAGAUGUGCUGGCACUUAUAAA